AGUGUACUGUACAGAGCUAAUGGACCCCAGCAAAGAAAUCACCCUUAAGUUCUGACUUUAACAGGAAUGGGGUUUUGCCUUGAAGAAGUCUUCAAAGUAAAAAAUCAGCCUCUGAAGAAAUGGAUUCCCUUUCACCUUUAGACGUUGACGACAUUGAACAAAUGUCUGCCGUUAUUCCAUCCAACAACAAAUCGUCUUCUGAGUCUAAUGCAGCCCCCGUCCCGCCGACAUCUACCUCCCCAAAUCCUAGCCACACCGCUUGUCCUGAGCCUCAUGCAGUCGCUGACCUCCCUCUUGCAACCACCAUGUCACCUAAAGCCCCCGCCAAACGCACAUUCGCUGCCAUUGCCAAAAAGGUGAUCAUCCAAGAGAGAUUCAGGAAGGCAGAGGAGGAGGAUGCAGCAGAUGAAGACGAUGAGGAAGAGCCAGAGGAGAAGGAGUUAACUUUGGAGCAGCUGGAGGGGAAAGCACAAGCUGGAGAUGCCCGAGCUCAGACCCAGUUGGGUCAACAUUACCUGAUUGUAGCCGAGGAGAGGGACACAGAACUUAACAACAGUCUUGCAGUGAGGUGGUUACUGAAAGCCGCCAAGCAGGGAAGAAGAGGGGCAGCUCGUCUUCUUCAGCGCUGCUGGAUCCAAAAUAAAGGCAUCAGCCCAGACAACGAGGAUGAAGUGCGUAGGCUGUCCACAGAGAGUAAGUUUGAGCUGGCCGUGCGUAAGGCAGCCAUGUUGAUGUACUGGAAGCUUAACCCAGACAGGAAACCAAAGGUAGCCAUGACUGAGCUGCUGGAAAACGUCAGUCAAGUCAACAACCAGCCAGGUGGCAUCCCUGGACCAACUACAGGCCAGACCCAAAAGAUCUUACAGAGCAUGGUCAGCAACAGGUCUCAGGAUCUGGUGGACCUGGAUGACUUUGUUGAGAUCACUAAGCAGUUUGCCCAGGGCAUGGCCGCCCCAGCCUCCCCUCCCCGCACCGUGACGCAGGAGAACAAGAGCAAGGUGUUUAAGCAGAGCCCAGACCCACUCCCACAACCAGGAAGGAAGACAUCUAAGGGUUCCUGGGGCCUGGCCCAGGGAGGGAUGAUGCUGAACUCUAGGCGCAGCGGAGCCCUGAUUAGAGCCAUGGCCUUAAAGUCAAACUUCAUGAUGCUCCAGUACCCCCUCCACAUUGUGAUGGAGGUGAAGGAGCACCUGGUGGACUGGGCGUCGCGAGCUGGUGUCCUGUGGCUCAGCACACUCAUCCCCACGCAGCACGUCAACGCCCUCAUCUUCUUCUUCAUCAUCAGUAAUCUGACAGUGGACCUGUUCGCCUUCGUAAUCCCCCUGGUCGUCUUCUACAUGUCCUUCAUCUCCAUGAUCUUCUGCACUCUGCGCGUUUUCCAAAGAAGCAAGAUGUGGGAGAACUUCAGUACCCUCACCGCCCUCCUUACACGCUUUGAGCCGGGGCUGGACGUGGAACAGGCCGAGAGCAACUUCAGCUGGAACAAUCUAGAACCACACCUGUACUUCAUCCUCUCCGUCUUCUUCGUCAUUUUCUCCUUCCCUGUAGCAGACAAGAUCUGGAUCCCCUGUUCAGAGCUGGCCACCGUGGCCAUCUUCUUCUUCGUCAUCAGUUACUUGAGCCUGAGCCCUGCUGCGGCCACCUACGCACGGCGGGCCAUGGUCAUAGAGGUGGCAUCAUCUCUGUGUUACCUGACUCGCUUCCUUCCAGAAAAGAUGGCCAUUCGCAUUUUGGGGCGCACCUUUGCUACUCUGCCACUAGGGGAGUCUGUGGUGCUGAAGCUCAGUCUGCCCUGCCUGCUAUAUGUUUAUCUAUUCUACCUGUUCUUCAGCAUGGCGCGGAGCCGUGGUUUCCGGGGCAGCUACUGCUUCCUGGUGCCCUACCUGGUGUGCUUCCUGUGGUGGGAGUUCUCUGUGGUGCUGCUCCAGAACUCCUCCGCCAUCGGUCUGAUCCGAACCUGCGUGGCCUACUUCCUCUUGCUAUUCGCCCUGCCUGUGCUGGCCUUCGGCCUGGCCCUGAUGCUGCUCAUCCAGAUGGCCAAGUGGUUCCUGGAGCUGGAGCUGACCAAGAUGGUGGUGACGCUGGCCUUGUGCGCCGUGCCUGUCACCCUGCGGCUCUGGACGCGCUUCAGUCUCUCCAUCCUGGACGUCCUGCGCUCGCUGACGCACGGCGGCGUCGUCAAGGUCCUGCUCUUCUGCGUCUCCAUGGUGAUCCUCUUCUUCUGGAUGUAUGUCUACCAUUCAGAGGGCUUGAAGGUGUACAACUCCACUCUGACCUGGGACAAGUACAGCGACCUGUGCGGGCCUCCCGCCUGGCAGAGCAGAGGCAUGGCCCAGACCCAGAUGUUCUGCAGCCAUCUCGAGGGCCAUCGGGUCACCUGGAACGGCCGCUUCAAGCAGAUCCGCCUGGCCGACCUGGAGAACGGACCCCAGUCAUUCAUCAACAUCCUUCCCGUGUUCAUGGGGGACUGGCUGCGCUGCCUCUACGGCGAGGCGUACCCCAAGUGUGAGACAAGGAACGCCACACUGGUUAACGCAACACUGGUCAACUCCACGCUGCCACUGGAAGGGUCGCCGUUGAUGUUACGCAUGCAGGAAGAGGCGGAGCUCUGUCAAAUCAAGGCCGUGGCCAAGCACUCGUGUCACGUCAAGCGCUUCGACAGCUUCCUGUUCGAGGUGACAGUGGGAAAGAUCGUGGGCGAGGGAGGCGGGGCGGAGGACCCGGGCCAGGACAUCAAACUGACGGCCAGCCACGAGUUCAAGCAGGUCCUCCUCAACCUGGAGCCUGGGAACGUUGUGGAGUUCAGCACCAAGCUGGAGGGCAGCUUAGGGGCCAAGGCUCCCGCCUUUGAGCUGAAGGCGAUCCACUGUCUGGAUUGCGUGGCCUCGCCUCUGGCUGGAGGGAGGCAGGUGAAGCUCGAGAGGAACUGGAGACGGAACACGCUUGAAGCCUUGAAGUUUGCUUUUGAUUUUUUCUUUUCACCAUUAUUGUUUGCCAAAAUCAAUGUCUGAUAGAGUCAACCAAUACAAAUAGCAGGGAGAGAAAGGAUGAGGUGUGUGUGUGUGUGUGUGUGUGUGUGUGUGUGUGUGUGUGUGUGUGUGUGUGUGUGUGUGUGUGUGUGUGUGUGUGUGUGUGUGUGUGUGUGUGUGUGUAUGUGUGUGUGUGUGUGUGUGUGUGUGUGUGUGUGUGUGUGUGUGUGUGUGUAUGUGUGUGUGUGUGUGUGUGUGUGUGUGUGUGUGUGUGUGUGUGUGUGGUGUGUGUGCGUGCGUGCGUGCGUGUGUGUGUUUGUGUGAUUGUGUGUGCACGUGUUUUAGCUUACAUGUGCUAGUGCAUCUUUACAUGUGUUUACUUAAGUGUAUUGUUUAUUGCUUUACUUAACUUUCCUUUAGUCUUAAUAUAUGUUGGUCUAUAUAUAUAUAUGUUUUUAUGAAUGAAAAGUAGGCAAGUUGGAGAUUUGAUGUUCAACAAAUCUGAAAAAUGCAGAUGUCAGUGUCUUAUAGAUUUGAAUCUUUUCACUCUUUUGAAGCCUCAUUAAAAACAUUCAUCCAUAUUAAUUAGAAAAGGUUAAUUGAUCAAAACAAUGACAAAAGACAUGUUAGACGUACAUGGAAGUAGUUUACUUCACCACCAUUGCCGGUGAAAAAUCUAUCUGACGGGGGUCUGGCCUUUUUCUUCCUGCCCUAAUGUUCUGUCAUUGGAUAGUACUCAUUACCUCAACGCAUGCUGUGAAUGGCUUGUUCAUAUAGUCCUCGAUACGUACUUAUUAUUGAGUGCUAGCUGUGAGCGUGGAAGGUCCCGGCCUGAUUGUGCUGGGUAUUUAUUGCCGAUAUCGAGUACCAUGGCAACCCAAUGCUGCUGUCCGAGUCUGAGAGGCUUAACCUUCUUGGACACUUAAUUCAAAGACAGUGGUCGUGGAUGUGUGGAUGUAAACCCAAAAUCCAUGGCAAAACAAUAAUACUAUCAAAAACUGAAUGAGCUUGAUGAACGUUGUUGUAACGUUAUUACGUUACUGUUCACAUUACAGGGUUUCCCACAGAAAAUGAAUCUACUUGUGGCGGAAGCUGAUGGCCACAGGUAGCUAUGUUUCUUCAAUGUUUCAACCACAAGUAUGUGGAAUAUAUAUGUUGCAGUUGUUUAAUAAAAAAUAGAUAUGAUAUCACCGAUUCUGAAUCCAAAAUACAUUUUUCAAAGUUUCUAGAUACGUUUAUAUCAAGGUAACAUUGUUUUAAUGCUUGUGGCACUUCUGAUGCACUUGACGGAAUAGAAUGGCGGGAGGCUGUUUCCUGGUUAUGAAAUAAACAAAAUUAUAUAUUUUACUAGACACACAUAUUUCAAACAUGGGGGAGAAUGAGCUCAAUUUUGGUUCGGAAUUCCCCCGUUCCCAGUUGUUGAUAACAUGCAUAUAUGUGCUUGAUUACGGCCUCUGGCUAUAAUUAAAUCUUCCGUGACAUCCACGCAUAUUUCCUGAAUUUUAUACAUGAAUAUCUUGUAUGAACACAAUAUUCUUAACAACCUCAGAAAUGAACCUCAGAAAUUUGUUCCUGGUUAUUUUGAUAGGAACGGGAUGAUGUGAUGAAGAAGAGCCAUGUGUAGAAUGUAAGCCAGCACAGCUCCCAUUGAGCGUGUGUAAAGUGUAAUUUACAGAAACCAUGAUGAAGAUUCAGGCGAUGACCGAGGGAAUGACCCCUCAUGUGUUAGAGGUCAUUUCCCACCCUGGUGUGUAUUGUAAUUUUUGUUGUUGAGUGCAGGGAUUAUGGAAGGCAGCAUAUUUAUAAAGGGAAAGAAUGGAGAGCCAGAUUAAUAGUUCUUUCAUUUAUGAAGAUGAAUUUGGAAUCUAUUUCAAUGAUUUAAAUUGUCAACCAUACUAUUGAGUGUGGGAGUCGACGGAGGUGGUAUGUUCUUAAAUUGGGCAACAUUUUCAAAGAAGAGUAUCGAAAAUGAAUGCGAUUUUAAAACUUUAAGACAAACAAUUAGUUUGUUUUGAAUAAACAUGUCACCAUUUGUAAAGCACGCAGCAAAAACAUACCCUUUUCUGUAGAUAUUACUGCUCUCUAUCUUAUCUAUUUCUCUUUCUUUUGGGAUUUGUGUUUGUUUGUCUGUGGGUGUGUGUGUAUGUGUUUGUGUGUGUGUGUGCGUGUGUUUGUGUGUGUUUUUGUGGGUGUAUGUGCCCCUAGUGUGUGUGCAUCUUUCCCCCCACAGGGACGUCUGGUCUCUUGGACAUGAAACACGUGGACAUUAAAGUCCACUAGAAUGAUAAAUUAGGAGGAGGUAUCCACACAAGAAGUGAUGCCAUUGCUAGGUGACCUGGAGAUAAGGGUUAGGAGGAAUACUUGUGAGUGAGGUGGAUGUCUUUUAUGGAAGUGAGGGAGGCUCUAGCCCUACAGGAAGGGAUUCACAGAGCAUCAUCAAACGCUCCAUCUCAUGGUGUCUCUACCCAUGGCCCGCUUGCAAUAUUGUGAGCUGAAGUUCUUCCCAGACCACACCGUAAC